CGCGCUGCGCUGAGGUGGAUUACCGCGGCGGGCAGAGGGAGAGGGAGGAGCGGUAUCUUCUCCGCCGUUGGUCGGCUUCCAGAAGGAGCGGAGCGGCGGCGGCCGUUGCAGUGAUGGCAUCUGUUGCUCCAGACAUGUCAACGGUCACAUCUAGAUCCGCGGACGACGAAACGGGAGAUCCAGUCCGAGUCCUCUGAUUAUUAUGUCCGGAGCUGCUGGCGCUGCUGCCGCGGUGAAAAGUUUAUCAGAAGUGGGGCACACGGUGAAUUCAGCGGCUGGAAAAUGGCAGAGCGCAGCGCCUGCGAUGCCAACAUCCUCAGCAUCCCGGUGCCCAUCCGUCGCGGCGGCUCAGAGUCCAACCUGGACGUGGUGGACAGCGUCGGGGUUCAUGGCAUCGGCGUGGACUUUACAAAGGGAGCGCUCGGCAUCGACAGACUGCAGCAGAAGAUCCUCAAGGUGACGGAGCAGAUUAAGGUGGAGCAGGAAGCGCGGGACCAGAACGUGGCGGAGUACCUGAAGUUGGUGAACAAUGCCGACAAGCAGCAGGUGUCCCGGAUCCGUCAGGUGUUCGAGAAGAAGAACCAGAAGUCUGCGCAGAGCAUCACGCGGCUGCAGAAGAAGCUGGAGCAGUACCACCGACGCAUGAAGGACGGCGAGACCAACGGCAAGCACAGCCACAGAGAUGGCGGCAGCAAGGAGUCCGGGACGCACAGCAAGGAGGGCAGCCUGCGGGACAUCAGCUCCUCCGGCCGACACCCGGCGCUGGACAAAGUUAAGACCAUCGGGCCCGGCGUGUCGCUCUCGCCGCCGUUCUUCUUCAACAAGCCGCGCGACAUCGCCAACCUCAUCAGGAACAAGUUCGGCAGCGCCGACAACAUCGCCCACCUGAAGAGCUCCAUGGAGGCCGGGUCGGGGCUGCAGGCGGAGGGCGCGUCGCGGGGCCUGAGCGGCAGCGCCACCACCGUCGCCAAAGUCACAAAGUACCAGAGCGACGACGAGUGCUCCACCGGCACGUCGGCGUCGGCCGACUCAAACGGGAACCCGGCGGGAGGCUCUAUGACGGAGUCUGGAGGUCCAGGCAGGUCCGAAUCCAACGGACGGCUGGUGGAGGUGCUGGACAUGGUCCGGGAGGUCAGGGAGGCUCAGACUCAGCUGGCUGAGGACAUGGAGACCAUGAACUCACAGUUCAAACGAGACUACACCUACUUCACCCAGGUGAUGCAGGAGGAGAGAUACAGGUAUGAGCGCUUAGAGGACCAGCUGAACGACCUGACGGAGCUCCACCAGCACGAGACCAGCAACCUGAAGCAGGAGCUGGCCAGCAUCGAGGAGAAGGUGGCCUACCAGGCCUACGAGAGGGCCAGGGACAUACAGGAGGUCCUGGAGUCGUGUCAGACCCGCGUCUCCAAGCUGGAGCUGCAGCAGCAGCAGCAGCAGCAGACGGUCCAGCUGGAGAACACCGACGCCAAGGUGCUGCUGGGCCGACUCAUCAACAUCAUGCUGGCCAUCGCCACCGUCCUGCUGGUGUGCGUCUCCACCGCCGCCAAGUUCACCGCGCCGCUGCUGCGGAGCCGCCUCCACAUGGCCUUCACCUGCGUGGGCGUGUCCCUCUUGGUGCUGCUGUGGAAGAACUGGGAGCAGGUGGAGUUCACGCUGGACCGACUGAUCCUCCCGCACUGACCCCCGGGGGGAGUUUACAUGUAGCCUUACGCCGCGAGCCCCUCCCAGGACGCGCAGAAGCCGAGCACAUCAGUCGAAGAGGAAAUCUGGUGUCAGGAAGUGGAGGCGUGUGCAGAAGCAGCUCCAGCUAGCUCCAGCUAGCUGUAACACACGUCCACCUGAAGGACGGCCUCCACUGUGUCACUUUUGGCUGCGUUCUCGUUGGUGUCCGACACGCGCGCCGUUUGAAUGUGUGUUCCUUCGGCUUUCGCCAACGAGCCGCCCGAGUUCACGUCUGCGUGUGAAACAAAGGAACCCGACGUCACGAGACGCCGCAGGGCUGCAGCUUGGAAGGGAGGGGAAACGGCUCGCCUGGCUUCAGAGUCGGCGUUUCUUUCAUAGAUCCACGAGGGAAGAGGGCGUGUUCACCACCGUGACCUCUGAUCACGCUUUCCACCGAAACACUAAAGCAUGGCUGGUCAAAUCUUUUGAUUUCACUGUUUUAUAUGUUUUAGAAAACGAUCAGAAACUGGGCUAAACCUUGUAGUUUUGCACGGUCUCUAAAACAUUACAGCAGGGUUUUAUAUGCACUGUUAUGAGCGCACAGGGUGGUGAUCUGCAGAUUUUUUAUUGAUUUUUUUUUGUUGUUAAUUUUCAGACAGAGCCAGCCUGUUUUCCCCUCCUGAUUCCAGUCUGCAGCUAAACUCACUGGCUGGCUUUUGGUUUCACUUUGAACCGGCCCAGGAAUAAAAAAAAAACCCUGAAAAACAGGCCGAUUAUUCCCAUACAGCUUCAGAACUGCCUCUUGCCUUGUUAACUUAAUGUUUUUUUUUUUAUUUACAUUGUUUAAUGUAUGGAAAUGAGUCGUUCUGAUUUCAAGUGACACCAGCUCCUUAAAGUUGCAGUUCUUGCUCAGAUGUUUACGCUCCUCACAGGUUUAAUUUCCACGAUGCUUUUAAACAGUUCUUUGUAUCAUUGGAUGGGAAUACAACAAACAAAAGCGCUGAAU